AUGGGUUUAGGCAUUUCAAGAGAAGCUUUACCUUCACCCUUGACCAUCGGUAAUCCACAAUUAAGUGAGAAAUUCAACCUACCUCGGUUAACAACUACUUUGGUCUGUGAUGACAUUGAUAACCCAUCAAUUUCGAUGCCAUUAACGUCAACCAAAGUUCAAAAUCUUAUUCGCGAAGCUGAACAUAAACUUGAAGUACAAGAUGUGCAAGAAUAUUCUCAAUCCAUAAUUCUAUUACAGCAAGCAACUAUUCUGGGUUCGGCGUAUGCAGCAACUAAAUUAGGUGCACUCCAUCUUAAUCCACAAAACACUUUAACGGCUUCAAAUUACCUUCAAGCAGCCGGUUAUUAUUCAAUCGCUUUAAAACUUGUAUUAAUGAUCCCUUGUAAAUGGUGGGAUUUGAAAUUGCUUCUUGACAUAAUUUCGGAUGGAUGGUACAAAUUAUUUCGUUCACGAUUUGAUCGUCAAAGAGAUUUACAUACUUGGAAUCACGGAAUCAAACUUAUGAAACAAAUUGAUAAAACAUUGAAAGAUCCAAAUUUUAUUGAAGUUUUAACACAUAAAGAUAAUGAAAAAUGGCGCGCUAUUAGAAUUAAUUUGGUAUUUUGUUAUGCGUUAACGGCAGAAGCUGAUAAUGACUAUCCUUUGGCAUUAAAAUUAUAUCAAGAAACGGAAAGGAUAGGAUCUUGUGGCCUUCUUUUGGCAGAUAAAUUGAUAAAAAAAGCUCACACUAAAUAUAGAUUACUAGAAUCUAGAGUACCAAGAGUACAACCGGUUUGUGUUCAAUGUGGUUUCGAGGCGAAAGAAUUGACAGAAAUUUGGAGAUUAUUGGUUUGUCCAAAGUGUCAAAUUGUCGCUUGUUGUAAUAGAGAUUGUUUAGCAAACCAUUUUAAAUAUCAUCAAAAAUUUCUCACAAAUUAA